AGACAAAAGUUCUAUUAUUCUGCCGCCCCUCAACUGAGAAUCUCGAGCGCCGACGCUGCUUGUGAACCUUUCAAGAUGGACAUGUCGACAAUGACAACGGCAAUGGACAUGCCAACAGCCACUUCGGCCUCUACCUCUACCUCUACGUCGAUGGGCAGCAUGGACAUGUCGCAUUCCUCGUCCAUGAUGCCCGCGAGCGACAUGGCCAUGGUCUUCUUCCGGGCUGUCACAACACCACUCUUCUCCUCGGCCUGGGCUCCCUCCAGCGAUGGUACCUAUGCUGGCACCUGCAUCUUUCUGAUCGCCUUCGCUGUCAUCCACCAGAUACUCAAUGCCGUUAAGCGCACACUUUUCAGUACUCCCAAUGCAGUCGUGCUGCCGAGGGACUCGUAUAGCCCCAACAUGUCAGUCGCCGAGCGCCUGCGAGAGCAAUUUGCCAACCGUCCUUUCCGCAUGGCCACCGAGACGAACCGCGCCCUGUUUCAAGUCGUUACCAGUGGAAUUGGUUAUCUUCUUAUGAUCGCGGUCAUGACAAUGAACGUCGGAUACUUUCUGUCAGUCCUGGGAGGUAUUUUCCUGGGCACUUUGAUUGCCGGUCGCUUCGGAACUGACGCCGCCUCUGGACACUAA